UAACGGUUGCCUUGGCAGCGCAGUCGACGUCGCUGUUGCCGCGUGUAAUUUGCUCACCGUGCGCUCAGCGUACGUCACUUCACAGCCGCUGCCGCCGUCGCUGCUGCUGCCGCUGUCGCAGUCGCCCAUUUUGGCCGUAGUUCGCGCGGCAGUCGGCCAUUUGGCUUUGGCGUUAGCCGUUUUUGUUUAUCGCGCUGCGGACCGCUUCGCAUUUCGCGUUGCCUUGGGCCAAUUUAAAAUCCCCACUCCGCGAAAAACUCGAGUUGCAGUUGCAGUGGACGAAAGCGGAUCCGCACUUCCACGAAAAGUUCGGCGUAAAACUGAGAAAAUCGAAAAACUAAGUGAAAAACGGCAAAAGCAAACGCAAGCGGUGCAAAAAAAGUGCAAGAAAUGUGCUAAAAAUUUGGCAACACGUUAAACAUUCGUUUCCACUCAUAGAAUGAAGAGUAAUGAGGAGCCCCUAUAUCGAGAUAGAGCCGCCAAUAGUCUGAGCUGGUCAUGAUCGGGGGCAGGAAAUGCAGCGAGGCUGCCCGGCGGCUGCGACAGCGUCCUGACACUCUGGAACUGGCCGUUCUGGGCGGCCAAUCUGCGGAAACGGAGCUUCAGGAGGAAAAUGAUAGGAACCUGGGAGCUGAAAAUGGAGAUGAAUGUGGGACAAAAGCUGCCGAAACGUCGGGCCCAACAGCCAGCAGGAGAACGCGAUGGUUUCAGUUCGCCAGGAGCUCAAAAAGUCGAAGGCAACGUCUUCAUUGCGAAGAAGAUGAGGAGACCCAAGAGCAGGGCAGAAGGAACUCCGAUAAGGAGGGCGGUAGGAGGGCGUGUCUCGCUCAACCGGAGGGCAUGAACAUUGGCAGCUCCACGCAAACCAUCGCCACCCCCCUGAUUUUGGGUGACAGCUUCUACAGCCUGGCUCCGGGUGCAGCGAAUCCAUCAACAAACAGAUCCGAUGACCAGAAGCAGUACAAGCAAAGGGAUCCAUCGGUGGCUUCGGAGACCAAGUCGAUGCCCAGUUUAAGACGUCUGUCACAGAUAAGACGGCGUCGCAGUUCUUACUAUUUUUCGGAAAACGAACGCAGAAUCCGCGCCAACGACAAAGAGUUUAAUGCCCAAUUCAAAUAUCACAACAAUUACAUCAAAACCUCCAAGUAUUCACUGUUCACGUUCCUGCCUUUCAAUCUGUUGGAGCAAUUCCAGCGGUUGGCCAACUUCUAUUUCCUCUGUCUGUUGGUCCUUCAGCUGAUACCAGCGAUCUCCUCGCUCACCCCCGUAACCACAGCUAUUCCCCUUAUAGGAGUACUCACUCUUACUGCCGUGAAGGAUGCCUACGAUGAUAUCCAACGUCAUUUGUCCGACUCGCAGGUUAACAAUCGCAAGUCGAAAACGCUGCGCAAUGGCAAGUUGGUGGAGGCCAAGUGGUCGGAGGUACAGGUGGGCGACGUCAUCCGGCUGGACAACAAUCAGUUCGUGGCUGCCGACACCCUGCUGCUGUCCACGUCCGAGCCAAAUGGGCUCUGCUUCAUCGAAACCGCCGAACUGGACGGAGAAACGAAUCUCAAGGCGAAACAGUGCCUGACGGAGACCAUCGAGCUGGGGGAUCGCCACGAUUCGCUGUGGAACUUCAACGGCGAGAUCAUCUGCGAGAGACCCAACAAUCUGCUGAACAAGUUCGAUGGCACCUUGAUCUGGCGGAGUCAGAGGUUCGCCCUGGACAACGAGAAGAUCCUGCUGAGAGGCUGUGUCCUCCGGAACACGCAGUGGUGCUAUGGCGUGGUCGUCUUCGCCGGAGUGGACACCAAGUUGAUGCAGAAUUCCGGAAAGACGCAGUUCAAGAGCACUGGCGUUGAUCGCCUGCUCAACUUUAUUAUUAUUGGGAUCGUCCUCUUUCUGGUUUCGAUAUGUGCCCUUUUUGCGGUCGGCUGUGCCAUCUGGGAGGGCUUUAUUGGCCAGCAUUUUCAGCUUUAUCUGCCCUGGGAGCACAUCAUACCCAAGGAUUACAUACCCACGGGGGCCACCGUCAUUGGAUUGCUGGUUUUCUUCUCGUAUGCCAUAGUCUUAAACACAGUUGUGCCAAUCUCACUCUACGUUUCAGUAGAGGUAAUACGCUUCGCACAGUCGUUCCUCAUCAACUGGGAUGAGGAGAUGUACUACGCGCCAACCAAAACCUAUGCCAAAGCCCGCACCACUACGCUCAACGAGGAACUGGGCCAGAUCCAGUACAUCUUCUCGGACAAGACGGGCACCCUCACCCAGAACAUUAUGACGUUCAACAAGUGCAGCAUCAACGGACGCAGCUAUGGCGAUGUGAUUGACCUGCGGACCGGCGAGCUAAUCGAGAUCACCGAGCAGCAAACAAUUUUCCAAAAUAGCAACACCAACAACAGACCCAGCCCCGCAGGUGGAGCUGCGGCAGCACCACCGGCAGCACCACCUGCAGCACCACCUCCCAUCAUCCUAGUGCACAAGGCCGAGGUGCACGCCAAGAAGAGUGCCCUGGUGGUCACAUCCUCGGGUGAGGCGCAAGUGGCCAGCAGCCCCAUAUCCACAAGAUCGGACCUCGAGCACUCAAACGCCAGUGAAAGACGACCGGGACUUAAGCAGGUGCGCUACUCGGCGCCCAGUAGGAGCCAGGAUGAGGACCCGCACUCGGGUGGCUUGUCCCCCCGGCUGGGUGGUGGAGGAAAUCUGAACCCACCCAUCAGCAUUGAGGCACAGAAGAGCAGCGGCUUUAAGAGGAGCGGAGCUGGAUAUAUGCAGCGACAAUUAUCACGCACAAGCAGCUGCGACAAAGUAAAGAUUUUGCAUGACACUGAACCGACAGAACCACACAACAUGCACCAUUCAAAGCACCACCGCAAGCGACAUGUCAAGAUCCGGUUGAAGAAAUCUCCAUCAACAGUCACGCUGGGCGUUCCCUUCUGCCAAUUCGGGCACCACCUUGAAGGGGAGCCAGAAUCUACACCGCACCUAAGCCACUCGAGCCACACAAAGCACCAUCACAAAGCAUUCGCCACCAAUUGGAGUUCGUCGCCUCAGAGAGUGCACGCCCUGCAAAGUGUGGACUUCUCGGCCAAUCCGCACCACGAGAGCGAGUUCCGCUGGUACGAUCGCACGUUGCUGGACGCCGUCCGCUCGGAUGAGGAGCACUCCCACGUGUUUUUCCGCCUCCUGGCCCUCUGCCACACGGUCAUGGCCGAAACGGUGGACGGAAAGCUGGAGUACCAGGCCCAGAGUCCCGAUGAAGCCGCCCUCGUCUCGGCCGCUCGCAAUUUUGGCUUUGUCUUUCGCACACGAACACCGAACAGUAUUACCAUUGAGGUGAUGGGGCAGAUGGAGGAAUACGAGCUCCUUAAUAUCCUCGACUUUAACAACAUCCGCAAACGGAUGUCUGUGAUCCUCCGGCGCGGAGACUCAGUGGUGCUCUACUGCAAAGGAGCGGACAAUGUGAUAUACGAUCGUCUGCACGGCGGACAGGAAGAUUUGAAGGCACGAACCCAGGAUCACCUCAACAAAUUUGCUAGCGAGGGGCUUCGUACUUUGGCUCUGGCUGAGCGGCGUCUGACCCAGCAGUACUACAAUGACUGGAGGCUAAGGCAACAAGAAGCUGCCCUUUCGAUGGAUUCGCGGGAGCAAAAGUUAAAUGAAAUCUACGAAGAAAUCGAGAGCGACAUGCAGCUGGUUGGGGUAACGGCCAUCGAGGACAAACUGCAGGACGGCGUGCCAAAAUCCAUUGCUAAUCUGCAGAGUGCAGGCAUCAAGAUCUGGGUCCUCACUGGCGACAAGCAGGAAACUGCCAUCAACAUCGGCUACUCCUGUCAACUGCUCACUGAUGACUUGGCGGAUGUCUUUAUCGUUGACGGCAAUUCCGUGGAGGAGGUGGAGAAACAGCUAAGGCAAUUCAAAGAGUCCAUCAAAAUAUACAAUCGAUUUAGACCAGGAGGCAUCGAAGGGUUUGACCAAUUCAACAGCGACAGUAAUAUGGAUCCGGUGAGCGUGACCAUGACACAUACCUCGGCCUUCAUGCAGGAGACGAACCUACCACCCACGCCGCCUCCACCGCCUGCCAUUUCGGUGGUUACCUUUAGGUGGGAUGACAAAAUUAAGGAUAAUAAGGGCGGACCGGACAGUGCUGAAUGCAAUGAUUUGUUCGGCGAUGAGAAGAGGAGCGAGGAUGGGGGCUGUGCCUCCAUUGUGAUGGAUGAGAACACCGGCUUUGCCUUGGUUGUCAACGGUCACUCGCUGGUGCACUGUCUUUCGCCGGAGCUGGAGACCAAAUUCCUAGACAUUGCCUCGAAUUGCAAGGCGGUUAUCUGUUGCCGGGUAACGCCACUUCAGAAGGCGCUGGUCGUCGAGCUAAUUAAGCGUGCCAAAAACGCCGUCACCCUGGCAAUCGGAGAUGGCGCCAACGAUGUGUCCAUGAUCAAAGCUGCCCACAUAGGCGUUGGUAUUUCCGGACAGGAGGGCCUUCAGGCUGUCCUGUCCAGCGACUACUCCAUCGCCCAGUUCCGAUACCUGGAGCGAUUGCUGCUGGUCCAUGGACGCUGGUCCUACUACCGCAUGUGCAAGUUUCUGCGAUACUUUUUCUACAAGAACUUUGCAUUUACCCUGUGCCAUUGCUGGUACUCGCUCUUUUGCGGCUUCAGCGCUCAGACGGUGUUCGACCCAAUGUUCAUUUCCGUGUACAAUCUGUUUUACACAUCCCUGCCAGUUUUGGCGUUGGGCGUCUUCGAGCAGGAUGUUUCGGACAAAAACAGCGUGGAGUUUCCACGCCUCUACACUCCGGGUCUGAAAAGCGAGCUGUUCAACAUACGCGAGUUUAUCUACAGUGUGUUGCAUGGCGCCUUUACCUCGUUGGUCCUGUUCCUGAUUCCCUAUGGCGUUUACAAGGACGGCGUCUCUGCGAAUGGCUACAUUGUGAGCGAUCACAUGACGCUGGGCGCCGUUGUGGCCACUAUACUCAUAGUGGACAAUACGGCUCAGAUAUCUUUGUACACCUCCUACUGGACGGUUGUCAAUCAUGUGACUAUUUGGGGUAGUUUGAUUUGGUACUUCGUGCUGGACUAUUUCUACAACUAUGUCAUUGGAGGACCUUAUGUGGGCUCAUUGACGCAAGCAAUGAAGGAUCUGACUUUCUGGGUCACCAUGCUGAUCACAGUGAUGGCGCUGGUGGCCCCUGUCUUGGCCUAUAAGUACUAUUUGCUGGAUGUGCAUCCAAGUCUGUCAGACAAGAUACGUCAAAAGUCCUUGAAGAAGUUCCAUUCGAGAGCCUCCAGUGAUGUCAGACGAACGGCUUCUUCGCGCCGCGGACGUCGCUCCGUGCGAUCGGGAUAUGCCUUCGCCCAUCAGGAGGGCUUUGGCCGCCUGAUCACCUCCGGCAAGAUCAUGCACAAAUUGCCACAGGACUUUGCCUUCCCGCUGGGCCUGGGCACCAAGAAGACGCAGACGCUACACAACAACCUGAACUCGGCCGAUGGACAGGCCCCGAAGACCAACAACGUGACGGGCCAGCAUAUGGUCAACAACAACACAAAUCUGAGACAGAAUCAGAACCAGAACCACUCGUCGAUGGCGGACAUAACGGCUGAUGGGCGGGGCACUGGGGGCGAGGGCAGCAGGGGCAGUGGCAGUGGCGGCACAGACGACAUGAGUCCUAGGGCUCCCUGCCAGGACCUGGAUACGAUUAAUCUCUAAGCUUUAGACGCAGGUGCUGGAUCGGUAGCGGGUUCCGUAACAAACACCAAAAAAAACUGUAAUGAAUUUAAGUCAGCAACCAUAAGUUUUAGUCAGAAAAGAGUUGUAGAAUCUAGUAAGGAUCUGUUUGAGUUUUUUCUUUGUGAAUGUGAGUCAAAAAACAACUAGUAUUAUAAUGUAUGUUUGUAUAAUCCCCGUUUUUAUCCUUUUCAAAUGAGUACUUAUUUAUAGAUUGAAAUUUAUCGGCAAUCAUUCUGAAAGUAUUUUUACCAGUACUUAGUAAGCCAUCAUCCAAAGACAUCGAAAAACCAUUAUUAUUUAAAAAGGGCUUAGAUAGAGUACCCUUCCAAUCGGAAUUUAGUAAACCAAAAAGUAUUUCUACCUGAUCUUGUCCAUAACGUCCUAACUUUUCCAGUGACAAUCCAGUAAUAUUUACCCCUUCUUUGAAUAGCCCCAAGAAAGCACAACAAUCUCUUCUAUCGUUGAUUGCAUUUAAGAGAGUGAGCCCCUGAAUGAUUGAGUGUGUGCUUGGUUUUUAAGAUUUAGCAUAGGAAAAAUUAGGUUUAAAAGGUCUUCGGGAAACUGAAAGUGUACUUAAUUGCUUAAUGAUGUGCUGUGUGCUUAGCCAAUAUAACUGCGGUGACAACCACCGAUCAGAGUAGCUUAUCUACCUUUAGCUGAACGAAUUCUCGUCUCAAAGUCCAUAGCUAUUCUAUAUACUCGCCCGAUAAAGACACACAACAACACGUAGAAAAGUCCACACGUCUGUGUUCCUAAUUAGAGUUGUAGAUAUAAAGCCUGCAUAUGCCUUAGCGAGUCCCUAAGGUUUAAGUCAUUUUGCACUAUCGGGUUUUCUAGUUAGGACCCCCUUAUUUUGGUUGUUAUAGAUGGGCAUUCGAAUAAGAGGGUUGUGGGUUUGAACAGUAACAAUGGUCUAAAGUGAUUUAAUUUUAGCGUGCGGCGACUUAAGAAAACUACUUUAACAUGGCUUUUUAUAAAUAAAAAUUGAAAUACUUUUAAGUAUAAAUAACAAAAUGGUUGGGAUUCAUAAAUUUGCAUGACAAAAAUCAUGCUUUUGCAAAUUGUUGGGAUAGAACUUAACUUAAUAUUAAUGUGCAAAUUGUUGCUAUACAAGUCGAUAAGUGAAAGAAUAUUAUAAAACCAAAUAAAGAUAAAUCGUUUUAUUUUUACCUACAAUUUUAGCCAAGGAAACUAAAAUUUGCAUUAAGUACAUUUUUAAACGAUUAAAUAAACGCGAAAUAUUUUCA